CCGUCGUCCUCGACCGCCUCCAUCACCCUCGACCGCCUCAAUCGCCUGCGCUGAGCGGUGAACAUGGGCUCGAGAUCAGCCAGUCCGUCGGUCGCCGCCACCGUCAAGUGGGUGGCUUCCAAAUCCAGCUUCGUCAAUCUGCCCUUUUCGCUCGCCCAGAGCUUCCACAACUCCUCUGCCUCGGCCGGCUCCAUCUUCCCCGCCAUCCGCAUCCAGGCCUCGUCGCUCCAAGCAGAGGGUCGGAAGACCGAGACGAAGGGAAGUCGAGACAUUUAUGUAUCAUGGGCCGGCGGAUCGUCAUUCUCCGGAUCGUCGUUCCUGUCCAACUCGGAUGUGCUAGAGAUCGAUUCGGUUUACGGCCAGCUCCUCGGCCUCCAUGAGGGCCAAAAGGUCAGCAUCGCCAUCUGUCCGCCUCCAAAAGCAUGCAAGUCGGUGUCCGUUGAGCCUUAUUCCGAAGACGACUGGGAGAUACUGGAACUGCAUGCGUCCUAUCUGGAGAAUGAAUUCCUGAACCAGACUCGUGUCGUUGUGCCUGGGCAGCCUUGUGUCGUUUGGGUUCAUCAAGCAACACCAAUCCGGCUGAAGAUCAUAUCGACCGACACUCCAGGCUCGUUCUCGAUCCUUGGAAACGACACCGAGCUCGUCGUCAAGCCGAUGGAGCGCCAAAAAGGCAUCAAGCCCAACACAACACCCAUGUCGAAUCACAUCUAUGGUCCGGAGCUACGCUUGCGCCAUCUGCCUCGGUCAGCCGACGAGUACGACGACCUUGGCGGCACCACAGCACUCGUCUCUCCCAAAGACUAUGGGGCUGUCUCGGUGUCGUCGAGCCGUACAAACUGCAUUGCCCGUAUACGGCUUAUCUUGCAGAGGCCCACAAGGCCGACCGAGGGCCAGGGUGAAGCCCCGAGACCGUCAGGCAACGGAGACUCCGAGCCACAAGCCGAGUCUUCUGGAUCCAGAUCCGAGGCGCGGCGUCUCCUCGAACAAUACGUUGUUCUGUGUCCGUCCCGAUCAGUAGCUCCGGGCCUCAUCGUUCUUUCACCGACGGUGCAAGCCAACUGUGCCGCCCUUGCCUUUGACAGAAUCAGUGUGGCAGUCAUCCAGUCAAGUAUCUCAGUACCUUCGCCGAUGCCAACGCUCAUCGUCUCGCAUCACAUCGAAGGCGACAAGCUCGCAGUGAGCUCCACUGGCGCCGGUGCUAAUCUGGUUGAUCCCAAGCGCCGUUUCACCGCGUGGCUUCAAGAUACAGUGGCCAAGUCGCUUUUUAUCAUCAACCACAGAAUGACUGUCAAUUGCAUCGCACCAUCACAACACUGUCUCGACGAGGAGGGAGAGGCGGCGACUUGCAGGUUCACGCUGAGUUUCCAGCCCGAAGAAGGAUCGAGUCUCCCUGAUUUUAUGUUGAUUGACAAGGAUAGCCAUGCCAAGCUUGUGCUUCUCCACACUACCGACACCAAGAGCGUACAAACCGAAGAAUCUCGAGAACCUGUCCGCAAAGAAAGUCACGCACUUGUUCUCGGCGGCGUCGAUCCCAUUCUCCUCCAGCUCAACCAGUUUGUCCGGCUCGGCUUGUAUGGAAAGGACCUAACUGCAGUAUGCCGGGGCUACUGCCCAGCGUUUCUGGUCCACGGAGGCUCAGGGCACGGCAAAACGUCGAUCAUGGAGUAUAUUGCAUUCCAGUCCAUGAAGGAGCUCGCUGUCUAUGAUCUGUAUCUUGACUGCCGAGAGAUUGUGCAAGAAAGUACACAAUCGAUCGAGCGUCGUCUUCGGCAGAUAUUUGCGGAUGCCCUCUGGCGCGCACCAAGCCUGGUAUUGCUGGACAACAUCGAUGUCCUGGUCCCAGCCGAGAAUGAGCAGCAACAGCAUGCGCAACCUAGCAGCAGAUCGGCGGUUAUUGCCGGCUUGAUUCUUAGGCUCGCCUCCGAUUAUUCCACAAUGGGCAUCAUGCUUGGCGUAUCGUCGCAGCACAGCGACACCAUUCAUGGGCUCUUGGCCAAGUCGAGCCUCUUUGAAGAGCAGAUUCAGAUCGUUACUCCGAACUUGAUCCAGCGCGGGGAGAUUCUCAAGGCACUGCUGGCUCGCCACGGGGGAUCGAUGCCAGAGGAGGCGUUCCGGUACUUUGCCAGCCAGACCGAAGGAUAUACUCCCAGAGAUCUACAUGCCUAUCUCAACUGCGCCGUCCAUCAGAGGGAGAUUCGUACUGCAGGCGAUCCGGGCAGUGGCGACGGGCAGAUUAGCGUCUCGGACCUCCAGACUGCCAAAGCUAACUGGAUUCCAUCGGCGUUGAAGAGUGUCAAGCACGAGUCGUCAGUCUCUUGGGAUGAAAUCGGCGGAAUGGACGGCCCGAAGCGGGUCCUGAUGGAAACACUCAAGUGGCCGACGCUGUUUGCACCCAUCUUUGCAAAGUCUGCGCUGCGCCUGCGAUCUGGACUUCUCCUCUACGGAUAUCCUGGAUGCGGCAAAACUGUGCUGGCUUCAGCGGUUGCCAAGGAAUGUGGCCUGAACUUUAUCUCUGUCAAGGGCCCCGAACUCCUCAAUAUGUAUAUUGGACAGAGCGAAAAAUCGGUCCGCGAUCUCUUUGAGAGAGCCCAGGCAGCCAAGCCGUGUUUGCUCUUCUUUGACGAAUUCGAUGCCAUAGCCCCUCGCCGCGGUCAAGACACAACAGGCGUGACUGAUCGGGUUGUCAAUCAGCUCCUGACACAGAUGGAUGGCGCCGAGGGUCUGUCAGGAGUAUAUGUCUUGGCAGCGACAAGCCGACCAGAAAUGAUCGACCCGGCGUUGCUUCGCCCUGGACGCCUCGACAAGACCGUGUUCUGCAACCUGCCAGACGAGCAGGAGCGCCUGUCCAUUCUAAAGGCUGUUUGCAAGAAACUGCAUCUUCACCCCUCCGUGGAUCUCGAGUCGCUCGGCAGCCGCACCGACGGAUUCACAGGCGCCGAUCUCCAGGCCCUUGUCUACAACGCACACCUGGAAUCGGUCCACACAGUGCUCGAUGCCAUCCAGGUCAGCAAGGACGACCGGGCCGCAGGACCGGACACCGAUGGCUCAAAGUUCCUCAGAUCCGACGAGGCAUCUGGUGAUGAGACAGCGACUCAGCUGGCAUCGAUCAGGGCCAAUAUGGGUCAGCGGAUGGGCUCCACAGCCUCGAAGGGUACCAAGCCCGAGAGCAUGACCAAAGUAUACGUCACCAUGGCGCACUUGAACAGCGCCCUUGCGACCACACGCCCUUCGCUCGAGCCUCGCGAGGUGAACCGUCUGCAGCGAAUCUACAGCGAGUUCCAGAGUGGCGGCAUCGCCGUGCCAGUGGGUCAGAAAGUCCGGAUCGCAUAGCCAGCGAGGCACCACAAUUGGCAUGCUAUGAAACGAGACGCGCUUUGUGUCUCGCAAUACAUUGCGUCGCCUUAA